AUGGCUAAACAAUCCGAAAGACAUCCUUCAUGCCAAUUCCGAACAGACAAAUCAUGGCUCGUUCUUCAAUAUAAUUCAAAUGGAAAGAUCAUGAUUCCUCAUGAACUCGAAAAAUAUAUGAUAGAUCCACCCGAAAAUAUCGAUAGUACUAUAUUGGAUCGUAUUCAUGGUUCGAUGAUUGGAAUGGCUUUAGGUGAUGCCCUAGGUGCUUAUGUAGAAUUUCGAUCUCAUCAAUAUCUGCUUAAAAAUCCGGUAACCGAUCUCCAAGCAGGUGGUACUUGGGGUCUCAAUAAAGGAGAGUUCACUGACGAUACCUCUAUGGCUCUUUGUCUUGCAAAUUCAUUGGUAGCUAGAUGCAAUUAUGUUCCUUACGAUCAAAUGGUUCGUUACAAGUGGUGGUAUCGAAAAGGUUACAUGUCCUCUAUAGGUUACUGUUUUGAUAUGGGUUCGGCCACGAAACAAGCUUUGACAAAAUUUGAAUCUCGUCAAAAGGCAUUUGCGGAAAAGCACGACAUUCCUCUUAAUCAAUUAGAUUAUCUUUCAGAUCCUACACUUUUGAAUAAGUUCGACGUGUAUUGCAGUGAAGAAGGUGUAGCUGGCAAUGGGGCACUAAUGCGGCUAGCUCCUGUGCCGCUAUUCUUUUAUCGAUACCCUGUUAAAGCUAUCGAGUUUUCUGGACACAGUGGACGCAUUACUCAUGGUGAUCAAAAAGCCUAUGAUGCUUGUCGCUACUAUGGUGCUCUGAUUGUGGCUGCUCUUCGUGGUGAAAAGAAAAGACAGUUACUCGACAAUAACUUUUAUUCAAAACACGAGAGAUGGUUCGAUAAUAAACCUCUCCAUCCGGAUAUUCUAGCAAUUGCAAAGGGAUCUUAUAAGAAAGACGGAUAUGAUGAAGGCAUUCGAGGUAAUGGUUACAUCGUCAAUGCUCUUGAAGCUGCUUUAUGGGCAUUUUGGUCCGACAAAGAAGAUUUCGAAAAAGGUGUUCUCGCUGCUGUGAAUCUAGGUGACGAUACUGAUACAACAGCAGCCAUUUAUGGUCAAUUAGCUGGUGCCUACUAUGGUUAUAAAAACUUACCCAAACAUUGGGUAGAACAAGUGUAUGCCAAAACAUUUAUUUCAAGUUUGAGUAAAUGGAUCGCUUAUGAAGGACCGAAAUGGUCAUCAGAAGAACCGACCACGUCAGCUAUACCUUCUGUGAUUGUCGAAUCAUCGUUUGACGAUGGUAAUCAGUCAUCUGUUGAACAGACGACAAGUUCAAGUGCGCAGUCAUCUGUUGAACAGACGACAAGUUCAAGUGCGCAGUCACAAGUAAGAAGAAAUCGAAAGGAUGAACCGAAUUGGUCGACAGAAAAGUUAAAUGCAGAAUCAGAUUCAUCUUUAAAGUUUAAACAAUUGGACAACAUUAAUGUAGAUUGUAGACCACGGCGAAGUUUUCUUCUCGACCUGGAUUUUUCUAUGAAAAUCAAUUCACCUAGGCGAUCUGUAUCGUCUCAUACCUUAAUAUCACCACGCGACGAUCCUACGUCAUCAUCUGAACAGCUUUAUAAUCACGAAACUUAUAAAUCUUGCCAAGAUGUCUGUCGGUGGAUCCAAUCCUUCGGCAAGGAAUAUACAAAAAAACUUGCUGAAUACGGAAUUCAAUCUUCAGCUCAUCGACAAUUUAUCAUGAAUCGUAUUGAACAGUUAAAAAAAGAAUGUCCAGUGCACUUUGCAGUCAAAAAAAAAUAA